AUGACGCUGGUUGGAAAGAUUUCAGCUAACUUCAUUUCAAAUUACUCAAUAAUGAAAAUCACGAAGUUCGAUGAAGUUGUCGUUAAUUAUCUUGUAUAUGUUCAGAAUAACCGAUCUGACGGUGAAACUGGUUGUAGCGACAAUCUGGAGCGGACAUCGGUUCGUAGUAUCAUUGCUGGAUAUCAGCAGAGGCAUCUUUUAUCAAGAUCACAUAUUGCACAAGGAUUAUCUCCCGGAAAUUCAAUAUUACAAGCAAAGGAAGAUAUUAGCAGUGAAGUAUCGCUUGAAUCAGAAGCUACUGAGGGUGAAGUGCACACUGACGUUUUGCCUGUUGCAUCGAAAGAAUUUAAAAAAGCUUCACGAAGAGCGAAUGAUAUGAUGGAAUCCAGAAAGCCAGUAGCAGCUCCACCGGCACCACCGCUACCGCCAAUUCCAACGCAUCUGAAAACUUCCCAGCUUAAAUUGCUAAGUGGUAAUAAUGGACCCUCAUCGAUGUCAACAAAUUUUUCCAAUGGUGUCCAUAAGAGGACACCAACAACCGUAACUUCAGCUUCAGGUUUAGCUCAGGAUUCUAGCAAGCACGAGACAGCAGAUGCAAAGUUUAUCCCAACAGGCACGGUUUCUCGUUUCCUAUCUGAUUGCUUCCCGCAACAUCUUUGCUGUAUCUCUCCUAACCAUAAGAAGAGUAUAAUCGUAGAGGAUACGUCAUUCACUGCUAAGAUCCGUGAGCAUUACGGUCUGUUAUAUCAAACUAUUACAUACAAAGAAAUGGAGCAAAACAUACGUGGAAAUACCACAGAAGAAUUUCGAACGUUGAAGUUGAACGGGCAUGUUGGAUUUGAUUCACUUCCACAUCAGUUGGUUCGGAAAUGCACUGAACGAGGAUUUCAGUUCAAUUUGAUGUGUGUUGGUGAAACAGGCAUGGGUAAAACAACACUGAUCGAAUCUCUGUUUAAUAUGAAACUUGAAUUUCGUCCCUGUAAUAACGAGCUUAAAACUGUGGAACUACUUUCAAGAACAUAUGAUGUUGUAGAAGGUGGAAUUCGACUGAAGUUGACCAUUGUUGAAACAGCUGGGUUUGGUGACCAGCUUGAUAAAGACAGAAGCGCUCAGGUAAUCGUUGAUUUCAUCAAUGAACAAUUCGAAAAGUAUUUGAAAGAAGAGUUAAAAAUCAAACGUUGUUUGGAUUACUACGAUGAUACACGUAUCCAUGCUUGUCUUUACUUCAUAUCGCCUACAGGACAUGGGCUUAAGGCACUCGAUGUUGUAACACUGCAACGGCUUGCAGAACGGGUAAACGUCAUACCCGUGAUUGCAAAAGCUGACACCACCUGCAAAGAUGAGCUUAUAAGAUUCAAAAGCAAGAUUUUAAGCGAAUUGAGAAGCCACAAUAUUCCUAUCUAUCAGUUUCCGACUGACGACGAGACGGUACGAGCAAUAAAUACGGAAUUAAAUCAGCUUGUGCCAUAUGCUGUCGUGGGCAGCACUGAUUUUGUGAAAAAAGAAAACGGUAAAAUGGUUCGAGCACGUCGAUAUCCUUGGGGAAUAGUUGAAGUCGAAAACGAGGAACACUGCGAUUUCGUCAAAUUGCGUGAGGCAGUAUUGCGCACAAAUGUGGAUGCAUUACGUGAACGGACGCACAGAGUACUGUAUGAAGCAUAUCGUCGUGAACGUUUACGUGCAAUGAAAGUUGGUGAUGGUGAUACGGGACCAAAAAUGAUGGAAGCUUUCGCACAGAAACAACGUGAAUUCAUUGAUGAAAUGGCAAAUAGAGACAAGGUUUUACGUGAAGAAUUUGUUGCACGAGUUAAUAAGAAAGAAGAAGAAAUGAAAAGGAGAGAAGAAUUGCUAAAUUUACGAACCAAAGAGAUUAGCGAUAAUUUUGAAGAAGAAUUAAGACGUAUCGAGUCACAAAUGCAUACAUUGUUGGAGGAAAAAGCAAAAUAUGAAUGGAAAACAGUUGGGAAAAAGGCGAAGAAGUAA